UCGAGCAACGGCAGUCGAAGCCGCAACAGGGCAGGAUUUGCGCAAUCCGAUGCACCGUGUCACGACUCGAGUGAAGAGGAUGACUGCGAGCCCGUCGGUCCUUUCUCGUAAGGCUGGGAGGCUGUUUAGCCCGAGCCCUAGUGAGUUGUUUUUUCUGUCGCAAUUUUGCCUGUCGUCGCCUAUCGAGGCAGCGCGAUAGUACUCCGUGAUUGGCCGAGGAGGGAGUAUUCGGAGUCGAUCGCUGCCGAACAGCAAGUGAACGCCUUAGCGCGAGUACAUGGGUACAAAGGUGGGAGCAGUGGCGUGAUGUUUGACUGCUUGGUCCAGGCCAUCACCUGAUAUUGGACCUUGCACGCUGCCCGUUCCUACAACAAGAUGUCGUAGCCUUCCAUCGCCCUGGGUCUGCCCAGAAUUCAUUCCGGAAGUCCUGACAGCAGCAAUGCUUCGAGCACACGUAUAUACCGCCCGGGUAGCCCGCUGGCCAAGGCUCUGGACCGCAAGCGAUUCGACAGCGUCGCUAUGGCAUCACGGGCCGAGCACCAGCACGACGAAUCGGACUUCACAACAACAUCCAAGCCGCCAUGGCAGCAACAACAACAGCGCCGCAGCCGACCACACCACGACCAACGUAACAACUCCUUCACACAACGACACCCCCGCUACCGAGAUCAGCAUCUCUGCCGACUCGCCACCCUUCGACGCACGUCCAAGCCUGAAGCGUGCCCGAACCGACACCACUCACGACACGCUCGACGACGCUUCAGCAGUCAAGCCUGCGCAAAAGGAAAAGAGACUGCCGCAUCAUGUAAUCGAGCGACGUUACCGCGAGAAUCUGAAUACCCAAAUUGAGCAACUACGUGCAGCGGUGCCAUCGACCACCUCACCAUGUCUGACUCUUGACAUGGAAGACAUCGGCCCGACAUAUGCAUCGACUGGCGCGUCACAGAGUGCUGCGAACAACAAUGGCAUUCGACCCCUGAGCAAGGCAGGUGUGAUCGCCCAUGCGGCCGAGUAUAUGCGUCAACUCUCCGCUCAGAAUGACGAAGUGGAGAAGCGUAAUGCAGAAUUGCGCAUGACAGUCGAAGCGUUACGACGACUUGUCAAUUGCGAGGGAUGCGGCGUUGUCCAACAACUUAUUGAUGCUGGCGCAUGAUCUUCACAUAGUCCCUUGAACUCUUCCUAUAUUGGAACCUUUUUGUCGUCGGAGUCUUGGCCGUUGGCUUGGGUUGUUGGUACCACGGGCAUUUCUGGGAGCAGGCACAAUCGCUUCCAUCGAGCAUAUU